CACCUUCUCCCGCUGAUCAGUGGAGCCAGUCUAUCCUAUAAGCGCGCUCACAGCCAACCUGCUAACAUUCGCUGACACCCUCACAUUUCAGAGCGGGAGGAAAUGGCCACGAGGACCGACGCAUCGAUAUAGUGUGUUUAUCCUCGGACGUUCUUUCUUAUUAGAUUUAAUUCAAAAGCGGUGCGUUGGAGGAAUAGACUGCCUUCUGGAACUAAUAAUCUCUGUACACCGUAUUUAGAUUACCUUGACAACCGGUCUCAGUGAUUGACAGCAGGACCGAUACAUGUGCGUUGUCCGAUGCGCUUUUUGGAAACAACUUUUAACCGAAGGUUCUAGUUGGUCUUAUCCGUUAUGGUGAUUUUUCCAUUUAGGCUAUUGCAAUAUUUUUUUUCUUGUUGAAAAAUACACAUCUACACCUUGUUGCGGGUUUCUUCUUUAUUGCCACUGCGGAUUAUAAUUUUCAACUGGAUGUAAAAGGCAUCAAUUUGAUACACCACCUUCUCUGCGGACUGACACUGUACCUGACCACCCUCUGCGGACUGACACAGUACCUGACCACCUUCUCUGCGGACUGACAUAGUACCUGUUUCUUACCUCUUUAUCUCCAAGACAAGCGCAUGUCGAUGGCUCAAAGGUACGAUGAGCUGUCCCACUAUGGUGUUGGGAUGGACGGAGUUGGACUCCCGGCGUCCAUGUAUGGAGACCCGCAUGCUCCUCGGCCGCUUCCGCAAGUCCACCACCUGAACCAUGGUCCGCCUGCACAUCCAACCCAGCACUAUGGAGCCCACGCACCCCACAACAUCAUGCCCAGCAUGGGCAGCGUGGUCAACGACGCACUAAAAAGAGACAAAGAUCAAAUCUAUGGUCACCCGUUGUUCCCUCUGCUCGCCCUGGUGUUUGAGAAGUGUGAGUUGGCGACCUGCACGCCGAGGGAGCCUGGAGUAGCGGGCGGCGAUGUUUGCUCCUCAGACUCCUUCAAUGAAGACAUCGCUGUCUUUGCAAAACAGAUACGUGCAGAAAAACCGUUAUUUUCAUCGAAUCAAGAGGUAGACAACUUGAUGAUCCAAGCUAUUCAAGUAUUACGAUUUCAUCUUUUAGAAUUAGAGAAGGUGCAUGAGCUCUGCGACAAUUUCUGCCAUCGGUACAUCAGUUGUUUGAAAGGCAAAAUGCCCAUCGACUUGGUCAUAGACGAUCGAGAUGGCUGCAAAUCCGAUUUAGAUGACCUGACGGGAUCUUCCGCAAAUCUAGCAGAUCACAACCCAGCGUCCUGGAGAGACCUGGAUGACGCUCACUCCACGCCCUCCGUGGGCACCCCUGGGCCCUCCAGUGGGGGCCACGUCUCCCAGAGUGGGGACAACAGCAGUGAACUCGGAGACGGCCUCGACAACAGUCUGGCGUCGCCGGGCACAGGAGACGAGGACGACCAGGACAAGAAGAGGCAGAAGAAGAGAGGCAUCUUCCCCAAAGUGGCCACCAAUAUCAUGCGAGCGUGGCUCUUCCAGCACCUUACACACCCUUACCCUUCAGAGGAACAGAAGAAGCAGCUAGCACAGGACACAGGCCUCACCAUCCUGCAAGUGAACAACUGGUUUAUCAACGCCAGGAGGAGAAUAGUACAGCCUAUGAUUGACCAGUCUAACAGAGCAGUGGGCCAGGGGACAGCAUACAGCCCUGACGGGCAACCAAUGGGAGGCUUUGUACUCGAUGGACAGCAACACCUGGGGAUUCGGCCUGGUGGACCAAUGGGUGGAAUGGGAAUGAAUAUGGGGAUGGAUGGUCAGUGGCACUACAUGUAAACCCUCUCCAACCGAGGCAAGCCUGAAGAAGAAGAUGGAGAAGCCUCCAUGGUUUGCUCAGGGAAAAUCCUGCCACUUGGUCCAAUGAGCGCGUGACUCCGCCCCAGUCACACCUGUACCCGUCAUCGGACUACGCCCACCUCACCUCCCCACUGGAGCAUAGAGGACCACACCCACAUCUGCACAAACCCUGCCCACAUUGACCUUUAAUAAUAUCAUGCCUGGAGGAAGAGGAGGAUCUACUAAUAAACAACAACAAAAACAACAACAUUUGCAGACAACAACAAUCUUCCAAAAUUAAAAAGACUUCUGAAUGAACAACGGAAGCUAAAAGGACCUCAACAACAUUUUGACACAUUUUUUGUUUUGUUUUUUAAAUUAUUAAUUUA